AUGGGUAUAUACAAUAUUGCCAACACGUUCUGUGUUGUACUAACAUGUACCUUCCCACCUUUGAGCGUAACGUUGCUCUUUGUGUGGUCGUAUUGGACGAUGAUUUUCAAGGUGUACCUCAUAUUGUACAAUGGAUCUAAAUUUUGCAUUUGCAUUACGACAUUUGCAUUUGUGCUGUCGCUAUGGACAUAUUAUAAGGUACUCUAUACUGGGAGUGGAUCGCCCGUUGAUUAUCCAGAACUACGGGGGGAGAAUGUUCCUCUGUGUAUGAGCGAUUCGAUAACAAUGAAAAGAGACGGAAGAUAUAGAUAUUGCACGAAAUGCCGAUGUUGGAAGCCCGAUAGAACACAUCACUGUAGUGCAUGUGACAAAUGUAUAUUGAAGAUGGAUCACCAUUGUCCAUGGUUUGGCAUUUGCAUUGGAUAUAAGAAUUACCGAUUCUUUGUACAGUUUUUGUGUUGGUCUUUGGUUUACUUGCUUGUGGUCACAAGUAUGACGUUUAACGUCCUCUAUGGGUUCUUUGUUGAUGGCAAGUGGGACACAGAGUUGUUUAGCGUCCAUGUGCUACUUGUUUUCUGUUUGGGUGUCGUGUUUACGUUGUGUAUCGGGGUCUUUACCGGGUUUACCAUAUACCAAAUGUGUCGCAAUAGAACUACAAUCGAAUCGUAUGAGAGGCAGCGGUACAGACACACGGCUAGACGGCACUUGAACGUCUUCGAUCUGGGCGUCACAAGGAAUGUACUAUCCAUAAUGGGGACGAAGUGGUACAACAUUGUCAUGCCAGUUGGUAAUGUUGAGGGUGACAAUGGUGGAGGGGUUUCUUUUGAGACAAACUUAGCCGGAGAGGAAUUUGUUAAUUCGAGAAAUCUCGUGGCGAGGUUGAGCUCAGAACUAGAGAGGUCAGUUUGA